UCAACAAACUUGUGUUGUGGUUGGACUCUUCCAACUAGGCUUGCUGUUAUUAUUGGGGGAAGAUUGCAGCUGAGCUGUGUUGGUAGAACCGUUUUCAUGUAGCUAGCUUUAUAAAUCAGACAUAAGUGUGGAUUAAGUUCUCGUCAACGGAUAGAUAAUCAAAUGCUUGUUUUAAUUUGUGAACAUCGCUAUUGUCAGUUUUCACGUCGAAGAACAUCUUGCACAAUACAAGCGUUAGUGAUAUCUUGGCCUGAAACUCGGGGCCUUGGACUCAAGUAAAGUUCGAAGCGGACUCUAAACUUCUGCUUUCUCAAAGACCGUUAUCCGCGGGGCCGGGGCUCUUGUCGCUGGCCCUGUGGAUGAGGAAGUGAAGCUACAGAAUCCACCCAGAUUUUACAGGAGAAAGGAACCCCUUUGAUGGGAGAAUCCUCUAUCCUGGACUCCUGGGUGAAUCAACGUGUCAAGAUGAACGAACAGGAGGCGCUGAACUCUAUAAUGCAGGACCUGGCCGAACUGCACCGCUCUAGCCGCCCUGCCAUGACCCUAUCUGACCUGGGCAAACCCAAGGCCUCUUCACCCAAAAAUCAGAACAAUGUGCGAGUGAAGUUUGAGUACAAAGGGGAGAAGAGGAUCUUGCAGUUCUUUCGCCCAGUCAGGCUUGAUGACCUGGGUAACAAAGCCAAAGUGGCCUUCGGUCAGGCCAUGGACCUGCAUUACACCAACAAUGAGCUGGUGAUUCCUCUGACCACUCAGGAUGACCUGGACAAGGCCGUGGAGCUGCUGGAUCGCAGCGUCCACAUGAAGAGCCUGAAGAUCCUCCUGGUGCUCCAGGCCUCCUCUCAGACCUCCACGUCCAGCAUGGACCUGCUGCCCCCACACGAAGACCUGGACAACACCCGCUUCAGGGCCACAGACAAUAAAAGCAUGCUGGCUUUGAUAGGGUCUCACUCCGGGGACCGCAGCUCUCCCCCUCCAGGCUAUAUUCCCGAUGCCCUCCAGCAGGUGGCCAGAAAUGGCUCCUUCACCAGCAUUAACAGCGAGGGAGAGUUCAUUCCAGAAAGCAUGGACCAGAUGCUGGACCCUCUGUCAAUGAGCAGUCCAGAGAACUCUGCAUCGGGGAGUUGUCCCUCACUGGACAGCCCACUGGACAGUGAUAACUAUCCUAAGUCACGUAUGCCCCGGGCACAGAGCUACCCAGACAACCACCAAGUUUACCCAGAGUAUGAUAUCCCAGUGUUUGAGAAGUCGGGGAAAGGGGGCACUUACCCACGGCGAUACCACAUUUCCUUUGGCCUUCAGGACUACAGUGAUGGGCGUAAGACGUUCCCUCGAGCGCGGCGGACCCAGGUCCACGGUUUCCAUUCCCCGGUCAGUUUCAGCCCCACAGAGCAGUCUCCCAGCACCAGCAGUGGCAGCAGCAUAUUCACCCCAGACCUGGAGGAGCCCGGGGGCCGCAGACGCAGGGGCAGCGACAUCGAGCCCAACCCCACCCUCUCCGUUAUGGACAUCAGCCCACCCAGCCGCUCUCCACGUGCCCCUACGAACUGGCGGUUAGGUAAGCUGCUGGGUCAGGGUGCGUUUGGCCGGGUCUUCCUGUGCUACGAUGCAGACACUGGCAGAGAGUUGGCUGUUAAACAGGUCCAGUUUGACCCAGAGAGUCCCGAGACCAGCAAGGAGGUAAGUGCCCUGGAGUGUGAGAUCCAGUUACUGAAGAACUUGUGCCAUGAACGGAUCGUCCAGUACUACGGCUGUCUACGAGACUCCAACGAGAGAACUCUGUCCAUCUUUAUGGAGUACAUGCCCGGGGGCUCCAUCAAAGACCAGCUGAAGUCGUACGGGGCCUUGACGGAAAACGUGACGCGUCGGUACACCCAUCAGAUCCUGGAGGGAGUGUCCUACCUCCACAGCAACAUGAUCGUCCACAGAGACAUCAAAGGGGCCAACAUUUUGCGGGACUCUGUGGGAAACGUGAAGCUGGGGGACUUUGGGGCGAGCAGGCGGCUACAGACCAUCUGUCUGUCAGGAACAGGGAUCAAGUCAGUGACUGGUACUCCCUACUGGAUGAGCCCAGAGGUGAUCAGUGGAGAGGGCUAUGGCAGGAAGGCUGAUAUCUGGAGUGUGGGUUGUACGGUGGUAGAGAUGCUGACCCAGCGGCCCCCCUGGGCCGAGUUCGAGGCAAUGGCGGCCAUCUUUAAGAUCGCCACCCAGCCCACCAACCCCUCGCUGCCUGCCCACGUCUCCGACCAUGGCCGCGACUUCCUCAAGCGCAUCUUCGUGGAGACCAAGCUGAGGCCCUCGGCCGACGACCUUCUGAGGCACAUCUUUGUUCACUAGCCCCUUCCCCCUGACCUCUGACCCCUGAACUGCCAGAGAUGUCCUUAGAUGAUUCGCUGCCUCUGACUCCACCCUCCCAGCUCCAGACAGAAAGCUCCCAUUGGACCAGAGAGGACUUGGUGGGAGGUAUCCAUCUGGUGAUUGGGUAGCGGUGGGGACUACAACUCCCGCGUCUCUGUUUUUAGGAGACUGGCAAGCAGGAAUGAAUGAUAGAACUCAUUUAGAGAAAAAGUUGCACCUUAAUUUCAGAAAUAGGGUAAGUUGCUCAACCAAGAUGACAAAAUAACCUUCUUUGAAAAUGUUUUUAUGAUUAAUAUCUCCUGCUUUUGAUUGUGGAGUGGGACUCAGUCACUCCGCACUUAGCUCACUGAGUCAACGUCGGUGUUUCUGAUCUGGACCUUAGUGGAGAUUUGAGGUGACGAUCAUGAUAAUCUGGGCCACGUUUAGUAGGCAAGCGUUGUGGAA